GUUUCUUUCUUCUGUGACAGUGUUGAGUCAGUGAAGUGAGUGAGAGAGAGAGAGAAGAAAGAGAAGCGAGUGAGCAAAAACCUCUGUAACAAUGGGGAGUCUGAGGGUUACUCUUGUGUUUUUGUUGAUGGGAAGCUUGAUCUACGCAGCUGACGGUUCGAUUCACGAGUACAACAACCAGAGCUUCACCAAAAUCUCCAACGCUCGCUACUACGUGGCUGGUUCCGAAGGGAUCUACGGUUCUGAGUUUCUGGAUACACCUCAGCUCAAGGGAAACUCCUUCAUCAGGUUUGAUAAUAUCACUUUUGUAAGAAGCAAGGAAUCUGCUAGCAAGCAGAAUUCUACUCAGGCUACUGCGGGAUUGGUUGAAGCGAUAGUGUUUGAAGCCAAGCAGCAAGAUAGAGUUGGUGGUUCUUUUUUCAAAACUGAGGACAUGUGCUGUACGCCAAAACUUGCAGAUGCUGGUUCCUGCAAUCUUGGGGAAGUUAUGAUUAGUGCAGAUCCUAAUGAUCCUGAGUGGCCUAAGCGGAUUCCCACUUCUUUCAAAAGAGGUGAGGAAGAAGUAAAGAUGUCUCCGGAAGCUGUGAUCAUUAAGAAGACUGGAUGGUACACUGUUUACUUCAUGACAUGUGAUCCGGAACUGGAUGGCACCACUGUCAGAGGAAGAACAGUUUGGAAGAACAGAGGUGGCUAUUUACAGGGAGAGAAGGCCCCUUUGAUGAAGUUCUACGUCUUCAUGCAAUUGGCUUAUGCGAUCCUUGGCCUAGUUUGGUUUCCACAAGUUGCUCGGUAUUGGAAGGAUGGAAUCCAGUUGCACAGUCAUAUUAGCUUGGUAAUUGCAUUUUCCGUGGGUGAACUGGCCUGCCUGUACUAUGACUUUGCCUAUCUCGACUCAGCUGGUACGAGUUUUAUGGAGUUUACUGUAUGGGCAAUAACCCUUUCUUCAGUGAGGAAGGCACUGUCUCGACUUCUACUGUUGGUCAUAUCUUCAGGGUAUGGGAUAGUGAACACUACCCGUGGUGGCAUAACAUUGAGGAUGCUUCUUGUUGGCGUCUUAUGCUUUGUUAUAAGCGAAUCUCUUGGCUUGGCUAUAGAAUAUGGGAACAUCUCCGAAAAUGGGAUGACUUUCCUAAUGCUCUCUUCGGCUAUACUGGAAAUUUGCUUUCUCCAUUGGAUUUUCAGGUCCUUGUUGAAGACUCUUACGAAACUUAAGCUAAGCAAGAACAUAGCUAAACUGCAACUCUACAAGAAUUUUGCAAAUGUGCUUGUGAUCAUGGUGGUGCUAAACUUCUUCUGGAUCUAUGUGGAGGUGUAUAUCUAUGAAUCAUUAAGGGACUUAUGGCAAUGGAAGUGGAUUAUUCCAGUGUUCUGGUAUCUACUUUCUUACCAACUGUUGGUCAUGAUUUGCUUUGUUUGGCCUCCAACAGACAAGCCAACAAGUCUCCUAUACAUAGCUGACGAGGAUUCUAAAGAAGGAGACGAAUAUCUAUCACUGGCAGAAGCGGGGAUGAUGAACAAGAAAGAUGAAACAAAGGCUGAAGAUGGCAAUGUUGAGAGGAACGAAAGGAAGAGCCUUCUGGAAGUAUUCAUCCUACUGCUUGGGCAUUGACCAGGCGAGAGGUGAAAACGCACGCAUCACCGUGGUUUCUAGCUUAAGCUGCCUCUAAAAUAUUUUUCGGCUUAAGCUGCUCCUAACCUCUCCUUUGUUUAACCCACGGCUUUUGGUGUGUUUUAAGUUUUUUCUUGAACUCCCUAGUAUAACUAGAAUCUUCUGUAGUAGACUUUGACUUUAAUCGGUAUUUUUACUGUUUCAUGAACUUGUUGGUAAUGGUAAGUGAAAGGAAUGGGUAAAAAAUGAAUAUUUUGGACAAA